GUGCGAUAUGUCCUUACGCAGUCGUAUAGUUACGUGCACGCUGGAGUGUGUUCUGCUGUGUCCAAACCGAUCUGAUGGCUUCUGGCCGUGAAGAGGGGCCACUCCGACGAGAUUUGUGAUUAGUGACACUUUGGAGUCCUGCGGUGCGUGUGCUGCGGUAUUGAAAAUAAUAGUCCCGCGGCAGAGGAUAGUUAGCGAAUGUCAUUGGCGAUCUAUAAUUAGUGCUGACAAAUAGUCAAGAUGGCGACAUUGACAUUUGAAGACUGUAGUUUGGUUGGCAACUGUGAACGGGCCCAGGAAGGUGUAGCUGGAGGAGCCAGCUGUGCCGGUCUCUCUCGCAAAAUGGAUGCCCAAAUGCUGCAUGGCCUUUGGGCUCCUGACAAUCACCAGCAACAUACUCAAGCCCUGGAGUACCUUCAACAACUGCGUGAGAGCAACGAUGGCUGGCAGAUGUGUGGGGCAACACUUAGCACAGGUGGAUCACAACUGGAUGAGAAAGUCAAGUUCGUUUGUUUACAGGUGCUAGAGCAUUACUCACGCACUGGCUACCUCAGUGCCACACCAGAGGAACAGUCUCUCUUCAGACAGCAACUUUCCCAGUGGAUGACAGCUCUAUGCAUGCAAACUGAUCCAGAGAAAGUAUAUAUCCAGAACAAGACAGCACAGUUAUUAUCCCUGGUAUUUGUUGUUGACUAUCCUGCACGCUGGCCAUCGUUUAUGGCCGAUCUUUUAUCUAUGCUUCAGCUUGGACCACAAGCUGUCAAUUUGUACCUGAAAAUUCUGCUAGCUAUUGAUGCUGAGGUUGUUGAUCGUGAAAUAAUGCAUACACAAGUUGAGACUGAACGCAAUACUAGGAUCAAAGAUACCAUGAGAGAGCAUUGUGUAGUAGACCUCACCAAUUCCUGGUAUGAUAUUUUGGUUAAGUAUGAAAAAACCAAUGCUGAGCUGGUGUGUCAGUGUCACGAUGUCAUUGGUGCAUACAUUGCCUGGAUUGAUAUCUCUCUUAUUGCUAAUGAUAGAUUUGUAUGCAAGUUGGUAGACCACCUGAAAGAACCUCUGUUACGGGAAGCGGCAGCAGAUUGCAUCCAUGAGAUUAUCACUAAGGGUAUGGACCCUGUCACCAAGGCCCAGCUUAUCGAAUCCUUUGUUACAGUCCUGGACCAGGCUGGUGUCCUAAAACCUGUUGAUGAUGAUGAUUCGGACUUUCUUGUUAAGCUUGCGCGACUAAUUAAUGGUAUUGGUGUUCAACUUAUUCUUGCUUGGCAAAAAUUAGACAAGAAAGAUGCUGAAAAAAGAGAAAUGGUUCGAUAUGCCAUAGAAAACAAAGUAACGUUACUCCUGACCUUCAUGGCUAGUGAUUAUGACGACAUAUCAGCUGCAGUUUUUGAUUUUGCUCGGGAUUAUAUUCAGUUGAUAAAGCAGAUUGGUUGCAUCACUGAUGUUGAAAGAGGCUUGCUAGAGAAUAUGUUAUAUGUAGUUAUUGCAAAAACAAAAUACGAUGAAUCCUAUAACUUUGAACAAGCUGGGGAGGAUGAAGCCAUGUUUGAUGAAUAUCGGAAGAAAUUGAAAGUUGUGUUUGAUAAUUUAGCGGCUUUGAUUCCAGAACUUGUCUUAAAAGUCAGCAAGGAUUAUGUCAUAACAACGCUAAACAGAUGGCAGGCAUCAUCGUAUGAAGAUGUUGAGGCAGCUGUCUCCCUUCUCUACAGCUUGGGCGAGGCUCUCCCCGCUUCUCAUGGCAACCACUUCUCUGGGCCCUGCCAGGUGGGUGACCCGGAUCUACAUCAGGGACAUGUGUCACAGGUCAAAACUUCCACUAUGCAAGAAAUGAUGCGUUUGCUGGUAACAUCUGGCGUGUCUGGGCACACUCAUCCAGCUGUUUCCCUCCAAUAUUUUGAAUGUGUUGCACGCUAUGAAAAAUUCUUUGCCUGUGAGCCUCAGUACAUACCUGGCAUGUUGACGGCCUUCUUAGAUGUCCGGGGCAUGCGAAAUCGUAGCCCAAGAGUACGCAGUCGAACAAGUUACCUUUUUUCACGUAUCGUAAGGUGUCUUAAGAGUCACAUCAUUAACUACACUGAAGAUAUUUUGGGGCAACUCUCUGAGCUACUUGUGAUGGCACCUCCAGAUAAUGGACAAAUAACUCCACUCCUGACGAAUGAUGAUCAGCUGUACGUGUUUGAAGCUGCUGCAAUGCUGAUCGUGUCUGGCAAUGCUGAGCCACAGCGAAAGGAGAUGUUGAUGAGAAACUUGCUAUCCCCAGUGUUUAGCAAAGUCAGUCUUCUUGCUGAGAGGUUAGCACAGGAGCAGGACCCUAUUAGGCAGAUGAACAUUGCAAAGAGUAUAUGCCAUGCAACAUCUGUGACUGCAAGGACUUCUAAGGCAUUUUCAAACCAAAAUUCCAUGCAAGACUGUGGUUGUGUACAGCUGUAUCUUGAUGCUCUGCAGCUAUUUAUCAGCUGUCUCAAUGUUGGAGUAGAGCGAGAGAUGGUUGGUUCUGGUGUUCGGCAGUUGAUGCACAGAUUAGUGGUGUGUUUGGAUGGAAGGAGCUUGAUGCCACUGCUUCCUCCUGCAUCUCAGGCUCUUCUUCAUACACCUUCACCCACAAUCUUAACAGAGUACCUGCCGCUUAUCAACCAGACCAUCACCAAGUUCCAGAAGGAGAUCAGUCCAUUUCUGCAGAGCAUCUUUGUCCCACUCGUGUCUGCAAUCUUCUCAGCCCUCUCAGAGCCCAUUGAAGAGAAUGAUGAGGAAGAGAGGAGAACGCGGAGAUUACUCCAACGGAAUUACUACCUCUUCCUGACAACGAUUGUGUCUAAUAACCUUCUAGAUGUUAUGGCUUCCUUAGAUUCUAACAUCUUCAAUCAGGUUCUGAUGUCAGUAGUGCAAGGAGCUGUAGAAUUUCCAGAUCCUGUGGCACAGAAGAAUUGUUUUGUAAUAUUGCGACGACUCACUGAGUCAUGGGGGGACAAGGAUACAGGUCCACCAGGUUUCUUGGAAUUCCUUUACACACAGGUUGUUCCAGCAUGCUUCCUUGCUCCACUCAAGACCACUUUUGAUCUGAAUGAUGCUCAGACCAUUCUUGCUCUCCAUGAAUCAGUCAUGUGUCUGCAAUCCAUCUACAAGAAACGUGGAGAGGAACUGAUUUCCUACUUGCGCUCUGAAUACUUGCCAAAGAUGGAGCUCUCACCAGACUUAAUUAGUGAAUACUGUCAAGCCCUCACAUCUGAUGCCAAGUUCUUCAGAAAUUAUAGUAAACUGUUUUUUCAGAGAGCUAAAUCGUGAGAUGGGGAAGAAUUUUUGUAAGGGGAUUUAGGCGUCUUUGCAUAAUAUAUUUUUCUCUCUUUUUUUAUUUUAUUGUUAUUAUUUCUUUUUACGUAUUUUCCCCUUUUUCUUUUCUUUUUUUAUGUCAGAAUUGUAAUGUAAGUCCUACAUCUAAGUGAUUAAAUGGGGAAAAGAUAGUGUUGGAAACUAAUUCCAGUCAUAUCUGCUGAAAAUCAGUAGUGGAUGACGGCUCUGAUAUCCUGAGUGACUGCACACCUUGGUCUAUUAUGCUUGCUGCCGGGAAUAUACCAGUGACACGUAUGCUUAGUGAUGCUGUUCCAUGUUUUAGACACUGCUGGCUCUGCUUCUCCAUUCACCAUGAAGUCGUAAAUGUGAUAUCCCAAGCACAUGUUCAGUUUGGACAUUGUUAAUUUUUGUUGUUAGAUGUAUUGCUUUUUUCAUAUUUUAUAUAUGAAAUGAGGUCAGAGUCAUGUUAAUUGUAUUUAUCAGUUGUUUGUUGUAAUCUUAAAUUUUGAUAUUGUUGUUUGGGGUUAAACUGAAAUAAGGAUAAUUCUAAAAAGAAACAAAUCUCAUAUUUUAAUUGACUGUUGCCUUUUGAAAAAUUAGAAUUUUUUAUCAUAAUUUAAAUUGGGAUUUGUUAGUGAAAAGCAGCAUGAUUGAAAUGAUGUUCUGCAAAAUGCUUUCAAGCAGCUGGGUGAGAUUUUGGUCUCAAGUUGUUCGUCUUACUGCAACAAACAAGACCAACGUUCAGUCACGUGGGUGUGUUUUAACUGUGAUAGGCAGAUAUGAUUAGACCGCUCAAACUCCUGUAAGAAUGACUCGCUAAAACUCAGAUAUUUAUAUUGAAAUUAUAAGUUUAUAAUAUAAAAAUAAACGUAUGUCUUAGAUGCCAUAUUCCUUGAGUUCUCCGUUUCCGGGCAUUUCUUUUUUUUUCUGGUUUUCUGUACAUUGAGACAAGUGAUGCUGGUGCACUUUGUUAUUUGCAGAAUCCUGCAUGUAUGCUGUAUAUUAGUAAAAAGAAAAAAAAUUACCCGUUUUAUCAGUUUCUCAGAUCAUGCUUAUUUGGAUCACAUAUCAUUUCUUCAUUAUUCAUUGAUGUAUUGUAGUUCAUUCCAUAUUUUGUAUAAAACAUUUCCAAGAGUAAUUUAAAAACUGUUGCACUGAGAGAAACAAAAUUUAAUUCUUUCCUUUUUAUCGUUUACCAGUCGUCUCAUUGAAAAAAAAAUAUUUAGCAGCCUUAUCUUUACCUUAUAGUUGCCCACUAAUACAUUAUUUAAUGGGAUGUCAGCACUUCUACAUUUAAUUUGGUUUAUGCUGUAGCAGGCUCUUGCAGUCAUUUGACUUUAUUGGUGUUUUGUGAGUGCCUUACUUGUAUUUUAACAAUUUCAUUGGAAUAACCAUGAUUGGAAUGAAUGUUAUAAAAUUUUGUAUAAAAUCUUUCAUGUUAAUUAAUAGUAUAAUGUAAAGUCUUAGAUUAUGCUUAUAAUAUGGGAUAAAUCUAUGAGAACUCAUUCUAAUUGCUGGCACUGACCUUCACUCAAAAAACAAUAUUGCUAUUUAUUUAUUUAUUUUAUGUAAAGAUAUACAUACAUACUAAUGAAAUGUUGAACUGAGAUCUAUCUUAAACUUUCCACCUUGAUUAGAACCUCUUUUCUAUAGUCUGUAAAUGAAUCUAUAAGUAAGGGAGCUCCAAGAGCAAUUGAUAUUGGAACUGCUUGAUAGUUCACAUUUUUUUAUAUAAUUUAAUAUUUUGUUAUCUGGGGUGCAAAAUCCCAUAUGUUUUAGAAUGUGUGCAGGUAUAAUUCUUUACAUUAUUUCUCUCUAACAUCUUUUUCAAGUACUUACUUUAACUAUAAUGAUGCCUGUCAUAAUGUUACAGUGUUACUGAGGCUCUUGUACUUGUUUCACUGAGAGACCUACACAAGUGAGUUCCUUUGUUGAUUGCUCUGCUGUUCUCCUAUAGCUUAGCUUACAGACGUAGGUUAGUGGCCUUAAGCACAAAUACUGUGAUCUCGUUGGGAUUGUGCAGGUGCCUGAUAUUUUCGUUAAUCAAUUAUUUUUCUAAUUGUUUUGUUAUAUUUAAAUACACAUAUGCAUACAUACAAAUAUACACAUGAGAAUUAAAUACCAUCAAAUAUUGGCAGUGUUCUAAUGCUUGCUUGUGAUGGGUUCUAUAUUAGUUGCAUUUACAUGGUAAAGUAACUUGAUAAGAGUAACUCUGCCCAGUCUGGGUAGAGUUCAUUGAAGUCAUUUGGAAAUGAUUAACAAGUAUGUAGAGUGCUGUAAAUGAAGAAUUACUCCAGGUAAUGUUCCCUGUAUUGGUAAAGGUGUGUGUGUGUAUAUAUUUAUGAAAACUCCAACUGGAAAUGUUUUAUAAUAAAAAAAAUGCUUCAGCA